GAAGCCACCUUGCGAGUGAUAUUCCAUCAGAUCCCUGUGGCGAAAGCAUACAUAAGAAACGGGCGCCCUCUCACCCUCCACCAGCAGCUGCUCUCACGUCAACACUGGAAUCUCGUCUCGAAGUACCAGUAAAACCAUCACCGCCAUGUCGACCCCGUCCAACAUCACGCUCCACUACCUGAACAACAGCAGGGCCCAGAGAAUUAUUUGGCUCUUGGACGAACUUGACAUCAAGUUUGACUUGAAGCGCUAUGAACGCGGCCCCGACAUGCGGGCUCCUAAGGAGUUGAAGCUUGUUCACCCGUUGGGCAAGUCUCCCGUCAUCACGGACGGCGACAAGACCAUCGCGGAGUCUGGAGCUAUCGUCGAUUACAUUGUUGACACCUACGGAGCCGGGAGGCUGAAGCCAGCUGCUGGAACAAACGAGGCGAUUCAAUACUCUCACUGGCUGCAUUUCGCUGAGGGUUCUCUCAUGUUCCCUCUCUUGAUGACUUUGGUCUUUGGAAGUACCGUGAAGCAAAGCCCUUUCUUUGUUCGCCCACUCGUGAGCGGCAUCUCGAGCGCGGUGCACUCGAAGUUUAUCGACCCGGAGCUGAAGACUUUGUUUGACUACAUCGAGAAGCACUUGGAAGUGAAUGAGUACUUCACCGGCUCCGAGUUCACCGCUGCUGAUAUCCAAAUGACUUUCCCGCUCGAGGCCGCUUUGGGACGUGCAAAGGAAUUCAUGGGUCCAAAGACUAUUGCUUUCAUUGAGAAGAUGCAUGCAAGGCCCGCUUACCAGCAGGCUCUGAAAGACACUCCUGACUAUGCGUAUGCGAAAGUGAAGCCCGAGGCAUCGACCUCCAACUUGUAGUCUCGCGCAUCCGAUUACGCUACGAUGGUGAGGGCUGGUUUGAUAGUGAGGCCUUAAAGCUGCCGGCCGCUGUAUGCUCUGGUCGCAUCGUGCUGUAGUUACACAACCCUCCACAGGCCCUAGAUUGAACUCGCUCUGGCUCUGCUGGUGAAGAUGCACGCCGCUCUUGCACUUUGUAAGAUAUAUUACUGUACCUUAAUUUGCACAUACACUAUUGAUCCUCUGCGUGAUCUCGG